UCUCUCUCUCUCUCUCUCUCUCUCUCUCUUAAUCAAAUGCAGAGUGUUGCGUUUGCUCUACCACCCUCUAACAACUUCCUCAAGGCCCAAAUACCCCCCAAACCAAAGCCUCACCAUAGAUUCAAUCCAAUCUCUCUCUCUUACGCUCCGAAAUCCGUCGAUCUCACCUCAAUCAAUGGCCACUCCAUAUUUGUCAACCCCACAUCGCUAUCUCAAUCGUCAUCCUCUCAUUUCAACCGUAGGACGUCCUUCCAUUCUACUGAUCAUGAUCACCAACGGUCAGAUUUUAGUGUCCGAGCGAGCUCCGUUCCUCAGACCGUCGAUGAGAGCAAGAACUCUACUGGGCUGGCCAAGACCUUGCAAUUGGGAAGUCUGAUGGCGUUAUGGUAUCUCUUCAAUAUCUAUCUCAAUAUCAACAACAAACAGGUUCUGAAGGUUUUUCCAUACCCGAUGACCCUCACAACAUGUCAGUUGGGCAUCGGGGCAGUGCUUGUUCUGCUAAUGUGGUCGACUAAUCUAUACAAGAAACCUAAGGUUUCACCAGCAAUGGUUGCAGCAAUCGUACCUGUAGCAAUGGUGCACUCACUGGGAAACCUUUUCACCAAUAUGAGCCUUGGAAAGGUUGCCGUUUCCUUUACUCACACCAUCAAAGCCAUGGAACCCUUUUUCUCUGUUCUUCUCUCUUCCUUGUUCCUAGGGGAGUUGCCUACGCUAUGGGUUGUUUCUUCACUUGUACCGAUUGUAGGGGGAGUGGCUUUGGCUUCAAUGACUGAAGCUUCUUUUAAUUGGUCUGGAUUUUCGAGUGCAAUGGCUUCCAACCUGACCAACCAAUCUCGUAAUGUAUUCAGCAAAAAGUUCAUGAUUAGUAAAGAGGAACCUCUGGACAACAUAACUCUCUUCUCCAUAAUAACAAUCAUGUCAUUUCUCCUUUUAGUCCCAGCCACACUGUUCAUGGAAGGUGUCAGAUUCACACCUUCAUACCUGCAGUCUGUUGGUUUGAAUGCUAAAGAUAUAUAUAUGAAGUCCUUGCUUGCUGGCUUCUGUUUUCAUGCUUAUCAGCAGCUUUCGUAUAUGAUAUUGGCCAGGGUCUCGACGGUUACCCACUCCGUCGGCAAUUGCGUGAAGCGGGUGGUUGUCAUCGUGGCCUCAGUUCUCUUCUUCGGGACCCCAGUCUCCCCAAUCAAUGCUGUCGGGACAGGUAUAGCACUUGCCGGAGUCUUCAUGUAUUCGAGGGUGAAGCGGAUAAAGCCAAAGAAGGCAUGAGUUACCCGUUUGGCAAAAGACAUACAGACAGCCAGCAUUUCCUGUGGGAAUGUAUCUGUGAAUUUUCUUCCCAGGGAUGAGAUUUCUCAGUGUCCAGGAAUUCACAUAGAUGAAUGAUAAGGAAUUAAUUAGAAAGAAAGCUUCUCCUCCUCUUCAGUCCUUCCCACUUCUUAGAUUUCUUAAAAAAAGAAUCCAAAUGUGGCCCAAUCACAUUGCAACAAACAGGUUUUUCCUGUUUGUGGCAAGCAAAGGAUCCAGAUUCCUUAAAAAAAGAUUAAGUUCAGGGA